AUGCAAUACUGAGAUUCUUUUUUCUAAGACAUGAUUUAAAACGGCUUUUUUAAGCUCAACCUGUCUUUCAUUAAUGUUUUUUUUUUUUGGUUGUCUCCAUCUAUGGGAAGCAAAUGGGCACAGGACACGAGUUGGUCAGUACAAGCGAGCUUUAUCGGGCAGCCCUGAACAACGAAUGGGAAUCUCUGAAGAAAUUCUACCAGACAAAUGUUAGUUCGCUGUCAUCUCCUGUAACGGCUUUCGGGGACAAUGCCUUUCACUUGGCGGUGUUCAGCAAACGUGAAGAUCCGCUUCAAUUUUUACUUGAAAUUUCCAAAGAACAUCCUAUGGUGAAGUAUGGCUAUUUAGAAAAAAAUGUCCACGGGAACACGCCUCUUCAUGAGGCUGCAUUAAAUGGGAACCUGGAGGCCGUAAAGGCUUUGGUCACUCAUCAUCGCAGGCUCAUCGAGGAAGAUAUUGAACAUCCACCUGAGGAAGAGCUCCAAGAGGCUGUGAAUGAUGAUAACGAAACCCCGCUUUUUCUUGCUGCUGCAUUUGGGCAAAAAGAGGUGGUGAAGUUUUUAGCUGCAACAUCAUUAGAAUCUCACAAAAGAUUAAUAGACCAAGAAGAAAAAGGAAGGACUGAAGAAGAAGAAUAUUCUAAGCUUAAAAUUAUUCACCGCCAAAACAUGAAGGUAAAGCCCAAACGUAAAGCCUCCAAUGAACAGCCUGGUGCCAUUCCAGGCGAAAUGAUAUCAGAGCCAGAGCCUGAUGCCUCCAUUCUGCACGUUGCCAUCACAGGCCACCCUUUUCCAAAUUCCCGCACCCGCGGCACCCUUUUCCAAAUUCAAGGUGAAAUGAUAUCAGAGCCAGAGCCUGGUGCCAUCAAAGAAGAAACAUCCAAAAAAAAGCCUGAUGCCUCCAUUCUGCACGUUGCCAUCAUAGGCCACCAUUUUGACACGGCUCUAUAUUUACUGAAUCUGGAUGAAUCGUUAGCAGAAAUCAAGGACCUAAAAGGCUGGACACCUCUUCACCUACUAGCAACCAUGCCCGAAGUUUUCGAAAGUGGAUAUCAAUGGGGCACAUGGAUCCACAGAGUCAUAUAUUUCUGCCUUCCAGUUGGUGAUGAUGCAGAUGAUGAUGAAAAAGCUACUACAAAAAUUUCCAAAGGGUGGCUUAAUUUACUGGGAAAAUUCUGUGCACUAGAAAGGAGUGACAUCUGGAAAGAAAAGAGAAAGCAUAAACUUGCUUUCAAACUAGCGGAGACAAAGAGAAAGCAUAAACUUGCUUUCAAACUAGCGGAGACACUGAUAAAAAAAAAUUCUUUUUGGGAUGAAAUCAUUCCGUCUGAUAAAGACCAGUCUUCAGAAGGAGAUUAUGUGCCAAUCCCGUUAUUCCUGGCGACUGAAAACGGAAUAGGAGAAAUUGUGAACGAGAUACUAGAAAUAUGUCCCCAGCUGGUUGAGCAUUGCAAUAAUCUGGGUCAGAACAUACUGCAUCUGGCAAUUAAGCACCGUCAAGAGGAUAUCUUCAAUUACGUGAAAGAUAUGAAAAUGCAAAUGACAAGGUUAGUCGGAAAGGUUGACAACAAUGGCUGCACCAUUUUACACCAUGCUGCAGACAUGAAGCCAAAGACUACAAACGGUCACCCAGCAGGACCUGUAUACCAAAUCCGGGAUGAGAUAAAGUCGUACAAACGUGUAAAGCUUGACACAAAUGACUGCACCAUUUCACUCCAUGCUGCAGACAUGGAGCCAGAGACUGCAGAGCGUCACCCAGAAGGACCUGUAUACCAACUCCAGGAAGAGUUGAAGUGGUACAAACGUGUGAAGGAGAUCGCGCACCCCCACUACGUCAUGUUUUGCAAAGAGAGAUUCAAUUCGAAGCACAAUAAACUACUCAAGGAAGCACAGACAUGGAUAAAAGAAACUUCUCAGUCUUGCUCUAUAGUGGCUGUUCUCGUUGCUACAGUGGUCUUUACAGCUGCGUACACUGUGCCUGGAGGUUCUAAUGAACAGGGGCAUCCAGUUUUCCUCAACAGCGCUCUCUUCUUGCUUUUCACAGUCAUGGACGUUCUUGCUUUGGCCUGCUCCUUAGCCUCCGUUGUAAUGUUCUUGUCAAUCCUCGUAUCGCCUUAUACGUAUGAAGAAUUCCACCACAAACUCCCCGGCAAACUCAGAAUGGGCUUCGUCUUGCUCUUCAUUUCAUUAACUACAACAAUGAUUUCAUUCGCAGCAACAAUAUUGCUCAUAAUUCGUUCUGGAAAGCCCAAUCGGACCACCACUCUCAUUUAUACUGCUGCAUUUCUUCCUGUCAGCAUAUUUGCACUCAUGAGUUUUCCCAUGUAUCCUGAAUUUGAGAAAACUUUGCUCCUGUUGUGUCCUAGAUUGUCUAAGAAGUGUCUACUGCCCAAGAAGUCAGCUUCCAGACAGGGUUCAGCAGCUCCUAAACAAACCGAAUCGCACACAAAGCAGCUUGAGAACGAUGGUCAAUUGUCUGAGGAGAGUGUACCGAUAAUAAGCCCAAGCUCUGAGUGUGAGAUUUAUAUUAGUUGAUGCUGAUAAGUGUACAAGAUAUUACAAACUAGUGUGACUUUGUUUUCAUCA